GUACUGUUCAUUCAAAAUGCCAAGGAUGGGGUCAUCUAAAAAAUAACAAUAAAGAAAAUAAAAGAAAAACACUCCCGCUUUGCUCACACUUUCGAAUUCGCAAGUCUCUCUCUGUCGCUGUACUGUACACAACCACUACACUCUGCAGUUUCUCAAAGAAAAAGAAAUGGCGGAUCUAGAAGAUCCAUUGAAAGACUACAACGGACUCUCUCUAUUCCCUCAAACUUUCUCUUCUCUGUCCCUUCCUAACCCUCCUCCUCCUCCGUCCACUCACGAUCCUCUCUGCCUCCAUAAUUUCCUCAAUUCCCUCCCUGUUCGGAAUCAGGAUAAGCUUAUAAAGGAGGCAGAACGCAUUUUAAAAAACAAUGAAGAAGUUUCAAACCCUAAAAUGGCCUAUACUGUAGUCUCAGAAGAUAAUAACAGUGAAGUUGUUGCUGCUGAAAACGCUGUGAUAUAUCCACGGGGACAAAGGCCUGGAUUAGAUAGAAAGCGACCUCGACCUCGAUUUGCUUUGCUUCCAAAUAUAAGACAACCUAAUGUGAAUUUGGAGCCAACUUUGGACUUUGAUAAACUGAAAGACCCAGAGGAGUUUUUCUCGGCUUUUGAUCGGCUUGAGAAUGCUAAAAAGGAAAUAGCCAAACAGACAGGCCGUGCUUUUACAGAUUUUGAUCACUACAAUGUAUUCAACGUCCCACGGUCUCAACGACCUGGAAUUGAAGGGAGAUCUAGGACAGCAAAAUAUAAACAUCUGUAUCCAAGCAUGACCUGCCAAGAACUUUCUGAAAUGGAUAUUCUAUCUAAUAAUGCCUCACAACAAGAAAUAGGAUAUACUGCAUCUGAACAAACACAACCAGCAAAUGUAGCAUCACAGGAAUUGGAGCAAGCAGAUGAUGCAUCACAACGAACAAAAUUAGCAGAUGAUGCAUCACAAAAAAAAAAAUCAGCAGAUGCCGCAUUUGAAAAAAUGGAACUAACGGGUUCAAUACUCAAGGUUGAGAACAGGGUAAAUAAACUUCUGGAUGAUUUGCUUGCUUCUGAAGAGCUAGCAGGGGAUGGGGCAAUCGGUCUAUUACAGGAGAGGUUACAUAUUAAACCUCUUCACAUCGAAAAGCUAAACCUUCCUGAGCUGCAAGAUAUCCAAAGGAUAGAUUUUAAGGCUUCUGGAGUAAACUUGCCAAAAUCUAGGAAUAUAUUUUCGGACAUAACCCAUUUAAUGAGAGGGACAAGGAGUAAAACUCCAACGAAGAUGAAGAAUGCAGAAAGUACUGCUAACUUUGGCUCACCUACUCCACCAAAAAGUCCACUCGCUUCAUUAUUAUUAUUGAAGAAGCGUAUAUUUCAAUCAAAUCCAUCAAAUGAUCCAUUUUCAGCAGAUGAUAUUGACCAAUCACCAACAAGAAAUGCUUCUCAUGUUGAAAACAUCACUAAAAAUUCUGAUCCAGUUGGUGUGGAGAAGAUGUUGGACAUGUCUGGCAAUUUGAACCCUCAAAUAAAUGAAGAAAAUGAUGGUUUAGUUGGUAGCAUGAGUUCAACUAAGGUGGCAAUUGAAGAUUUUACCAGCCUAUUUAAGAAACAUGCGGAUGAAAAUUUAACGAGUCUUGGUACUGAUGGUGAGAUUAGCCCCAGGGAAACCAGUCCAGUAUUAGACAAUAAUAAUGUUGGUAUGGAUGAUGAAGUCAUAAAUGAGAACUUAAGUGAGGCUAAUGCUGGUUUAAACCUUCAGACGGACAGACCGGAUGAAUUGGAGGACAUGACGGCAGAUGUGCUGCAGGAAACUGUGACUUAUGCACAGCCUGAUCAGGAAACAGAUAACUUUGCAGUGGAAGCAUUAAAAAGCAUUCAGAAUAAGCUUGGUCAAUCAAAUCCUGCAGCCAAUGCUGAACAUGCAGCAGGUAGAUGCCCUGAAAUUCAUGAUGGUGCUCCAGAACAACCUGAAGGGAGUGCUUUGGAACAGCAUAAUGAGGGAAUUCAAGGACCUACUGUGGUAUCGAUUAACAAGCAAAGAAAAGCAAAAUUACAUCCACCUAAAAGACUAUAUAAGAAAGCUCCCUCCAGAAGACAGAGCCUUGCAGCUGCUAUGGUUGAAAACCAAGUAAUGGAUGGGUGCCCUGAAUACCAGGACAGUGCUCGAGAACAAAACCAAGGCACUGCUGAAGAACAAUACAAUGAGAAAAUUCAAGAAUCUUCUAUGAUAUCCAUUGAUGAGCAAACCAGAGAAAAAUCACAUCCCAAGAAAGAACGCAAGAGAAAAGCUUUCUCUACGAGGCAAAGCCUUGCAGGCUUUGGAAUGUCAUUAGAUACUGGGGUAAGACGAAGCACCAGGAUCAAGUCAAGACCUUUGGAGUACUGGAAAGGGGAAAGAUUUUUAUAUGGACGCAUUCAUGAGAGUUUGGCUACUGUAAUUGGGAUUAAGUAUGCGUCUCCAGUAAAAGAUAAUGGAUCACCCGUCCUGAAGGUGAAAUCUUUUGUCUCUGAUGAAUACAAAGGUCUGGUUGAACAAGCUUCUCUCUAUUGAGGUUGUGACUGUAGUGUUUAUGGACCGAGUUGGACAAUGCCGAUAUGUAUUCAAAAGAGUUUCAUGUUCACUCACUCAUCAUGACUGCAUUUCCUAGUCAUUUAUAUGCCCUGUUCCAUGAAAUCCCUCACUUGGGAUGGAUGUUCAGAAUAUGGUUGUCUGAAGAAUGGUUCUAUCCUACACAUCUUGUGUAUUCUUAUUCUCUCCAAAACUAGAGUUGGCUUAGUUGUUUUCUUGGAGUUCAAAAAGAUGUUAGCCAUUAGUAGUAGCACCCUGUAUUAGUUUCUCUGGUGAAAUAUUAGUUGAAACUUCACUCUGAAAUGACUGUUAAGUUGGAUGGAUGUAAUCAUCGCUGUGCCUGUACUAUUGACUAUUAAGGUAAGCAUGUAAUUAAUUACCUUGUUCUGGCUUGGCGAAAGCAAGCUUGGCUUUUUAUCA